AUGACACUAAGCACUUCUCCGCGCGCAUUCAGCGUCAAUUCGCAUCUUGCAAGUUCGAGGAGAUUUAGCAGUGAAGGAUACGGACACAUCGCUCCAGAAACAUUUUACGGACGAUUAUUCUGCAUCGUUUAUGGUUUGAUAGGAGUACCAAUGACACUUCUCACUAUUGCUGAUUUGGGCAUGUUUCUUACAAUUGUAUUGCGCAAAUUUACAAACUUCAUUUACAAUAUUGCCGCUCAUGUUCCACUUACUAAAACCGGUGAAAAGGGUAGUAUGCUGAGCACUGCCAGAGAUAUAGAGACUUUGGAUGAAGAAGAGAAAGAAAAACCUCAAAAGGACCCGAACGAGCCAAGGGACACAGUCGUAAAUGCUAAUUAUAGACAGAUAGGUCUUAUUGACCUUAAAAAGGGAAUUAGGUAUGAAACAGCAGAGAUGUUAUAUGUUACAUGUUGCAGAAAGACUGCAGAAGCCAUAGCACUUGGCGUAACGUUCGCUCUCUAUCUCGUAUUGGGAGCAAAGGUACUGGCAGUUUAUGAACCGGACAUGGAUUUCUUCAAAGCGUUCUACUUUAAUUUUGUGACGUUAACCACUAUAGGUUUGGGAGAUUUUGUUCCUAGAAGGCAUGUUUCAUAUAUAACAUCCCUAAUUUCAAAUUUCACGAUUUUCAUGACAAUAUUACCUUCCUACAGCUUCGAUUAUCUCUACGUCACCUUAUGUUAUAUUGGUGUUGGCUUAGCGUUGACUACUAUGGCAAUUGAUUUGGCUGCUGAUUUGCUCCGCAAACUUCACUAUGUUGGCCGGAAAAUGGAUAACAUGGCCAGU